ACUUCACCAUUUUUACAAUGACUUCUGUCUGUUCGUGAGUCAGUCAUCAGUGGAACAAAAGCAGAGAAAGAGCCAGUAAUUUAAAGGUUCUUGCUCAUCCAUGACGAGAGUUACCAUUACUCUGUACUUAAACAUAUUUCUCUUUCCUUUGCCCUCAGUCUGACGUCAUCUCAUGUAAAUGCUCAUAAAAAGAGGAGCUGAAAUCAGAGGACAUCACAACUUCACUCACAGCAGUUGACGACAUUCAAGAGAGAAUAUAAACCUAGAGCAGAAAAGAGAAACUACAACUGCAUCACCAUGAUUACAAAGAUUUGUGUCAUCCUUCUUCUGUUUGUUGCCUCUGGCAACUCACAGACCACCACGACCACGGCCUCACCAACAACCACGACCACGGCCGCACCAACAACCACGACCACGUCCGCACCAACAACCACGACCACGUCCGCACCAACAACCACGACCACGGCCGCACCAACAACCACGACCACGACCACGGCCGCACCAACAACCACGACCACGGCCUCACCAACAACCACGACCACGUCCGCACCAACAACCACGACCACGGCCUCACCAACAACCCACGACCACGGCCGCACCAACAACCACGACCACGGCCUCACCAACAACCACGACCACGGCCUCACCAACAACCACGACCACGGCCUCACCAACAACCACGACCACGGCCUCACCAACAACCACGACCACGGCCGCACCAACAACCACGACCACGGCCUCACCAACAACCACGACCACGGCCGCACCAACAACCACGACCACGGCCUCACCAACAACCACGACCACGGCCGCACCAACAACCACGACCACGACCACGGCCGCACCAACAACCACGACCACGGCCUCACCAACAACCACGACCACGGCCGCACCAACAACCACGACCACGACCACGGCCUCACCACCAACCACGACCACGGCCGCACCAACAACCACGGCCGCACCAACAACCACAGCUAGAGCAACAACCAUAGCUAGAGCAACAGUAACUCCAACAACAAAAACAACGUCUGCAGCAGGUGGUCUCCCCUCCUCCGCCCUCAUGAACAAAAUGAGUCUCAUUUCAGUCGUUGUGGCUGUGAUGACACAUGUA